UUUCUAAAUAUGAAGUUUGGAAUGAAGGCAAGAAGAUUUGGGUAUGCAGAGGAUCCUGCGGUUGGGGCUAACCCUGAGCUCGAAGAAGACAAGGAAGGUAGCCCCAUACCGCCAAUUACUCAAAUGAUACAAGCUAGAAGACAUAAAUGAGAAGCACCUUGGAGAAGAACAACUUAAAAUAGGUUAUUUAAAAUUCGAGAACUUAGCUUUUGAUGAUAAAAAUAGUUUUUCUACUGAAGGAAGGAAGAAAAAUUUUAAAUUCUUGUUGAGAACAUUAGCUACUUCUAUUCUCGGGAGAUUUACAAAUUUGAUCGAGCUAGAGGAUGAUUUGGUCAGUGAAUUCUCAGGAAAGUAUCCCAAUAAACAUGCAAAAAUAUCUUGGACAAAUACUCAUAAGCCAAAUAGAGUAAGAGUGGCAGAAGAAGGAAACAGGAUGCUUCUUGAUCUUACUCAAGGUUUAGCUGAGUUUCAAGAAUUUCAGCAUUUAAACCCUUAA